CGCUCCAGGAGGUCCUGUCUUCUUCUUGGCCGAGCUGCGAGUCGAGGGCGGGCGGGGGAGGACUGCCGCGGCGCCGGGAGCCUACGAGCGGGCGACCGGCCGUCCCGAGGACCCGAGCGGGCGCCUCUGCGGAGUCGGAUCGGGAACUUGGCUCGCUCGGUGCUCCCGCAGCGGUGCUCCAUGCUCCGGCCGCGGCCCGGCCCCCAGCCCCGCCGCUGACGGCGCCCGCCGCUCCGGGCAGGACUCAUGCCCUGCGCGCUCCGGGGCUCCGGGAGCCGACUGGGGCGUCCAUGGAUCGCCACUCCAGCUACAUCUUCAUCUGGCUGCAGCUCGAACUCUGCGCCAUGGCUGUGCUGCUCACCAGAGGAGAAAUCCGAUGCUACUGUGACGCUGCCCACUGUGUGGCCACUGGCUAUAUGUGUAAGGCCGAGCUCAGCGCCUGCUUCUCCAGACUCCUGGACCCCCACAAUGCCAAUUCCCCGCUCACCCACGGCUGCCUGGACUCCCUCGCCAACACAGCGGAUAUCUGCCAUGCCAAACCGGUCCAGAACCACUCUGGCCCUGCCGUGCCCACCUUGCAGUGCUGCCACGAAGACAUGUGCAAUUACAGAGGCCUGCACGACGUUCUCUCUCCUGCCAAGGGCGAAGCCGCAGGGCAAGGAAACAGGUAUGAUGGUGGCAGAAACCUCAUCACCAAGGUGCAGGAGCUGACUUCCUCCAAAGAGCUGUGGUUCCGCGCAGCCGUGAUCGCGGUUCCCAUCGCCGGCGGACUGAUCCUCGUGCUGCUUAUUAUGUUGGCCCUGAGGAUGCUGCGCAGUGAGAACAAGAGACUGCAGGACCAGCGGCAGCAGAUGCUCUCCCGUUUGCACUACAGCUUUCACGGGCACCAUUCCAAGAAGGGCCAGGUGGCCAAGUUGGACUUGGAGUGCAUGGUGCCUGUCAGUGGACAGGAGAACUGCUGCCUGACGUGUGACAAAAUGCGACAAGCAGAGCUCAGCAAUGAGAAGAUCCUCUCCCUCGUGCACUGGGGCAUGUACAGCGGGCACGGGAAGCUGGAGUUUGUAUGACGGAGUCUAAACUUCUGGAACCCUUGAAGGCCUGAGUUCUGCUGGACAGGAGCACUUUAUCUGGAGACAAAAGGACCUCUGAAAACAGAAUCUUGGAUAUUUCUUCUGAAGGAUUAUUUGCACAGACUUGAAUACAGUCACAUAUUAUUUGCUUUAAAAAUUAUAAAAGCAAAAGGAAGACUAUGUACACACUGUUACCAGGGUUCUUUAUAUCCCAGGGAGCUGGAAUUGAGUACCUAAAUAAACUAAAUGUGCUCUAUGGAA